GUCAACAAUCGCAUCUCAGUACCCGUUUAGACAGCGAAGUGUAUUUUUAAAGACGUUGUGUAAAAUGUCUAACGUAAAACUGCUGAGAACGUUGUUGAAACAUCGCGUAAUUGCUCCAGAUGAAAACAUUCUAGAGCUGUUUGAAAGAACGAUAGCGGAGUACGAAGAAGAAAUUUCUCGUCUAAAAGAAGAAAACAAACGACUGAAAGGAUGUGGUGCUGUUUUGAAGCCUGAAGACAAAGCAGACAUGCAGCAGCUGUCAGUGGCAAAAGAAGACAUUCUCCCUGAGAAACAGGAGUUUAAUCAGAGACUCAGCGAGGAGGACUCAAAGCCUCCAACCAUUAAAGAAGAACAGGAGCAGCUUCCCCAACUGGAAGAAGCCGAUAUCACCAACUUCCCUUUGACACUUGUGAUUGUGAAGGGUGAAAAUGAUGACGAUGAGAAACCACAGUCAUCGCCGCUUUAUCAAAGAGAAAUUGAUGAGAGUACAGAGGCAGAGCCUGUAGCCAACAGCUCAGCUGCACAUGUCACACUAAAACUGGAACCUGACGGAGACAACUGUAAAGGUCUGGUAGCAGCCAAGAGCUCCUGUCUACAUAGUCAGUUACAACCAGGUGAUAAGAGUUCAGGCUGUUCCGAAAAUGAGACUGAUGACAGCUAUGAAUGGAAGGAGACUAAGGAAACUCAUUCAGGAUUAAACUCAGUGAAAAACUGUGAUAUCCACGUAGGUGAUAGCAGAUGUAAAAUUGCCAAGAAACAGUUGAACUGCUCUGAAUAUACGAUAACAUUUGGUAACACGAACGCUACGAAACAGCACAAGAGAAUUCAAGUAAGCAAGAAACCAUUCAGUUGCCCAGAGUGUGGUAAAAGACUUGGUCAAAAGGGCCAUCUGAACAGGCAUAUGCGACUUCACACAGCAGAGAAACGUUUUGGUUGUACCGAGUGUGGUGAAAUAUUUCGACGAAUGUGUCAUCUGAAAAAACACAUGCAUAUUCAUACUGGGGAGAAAACAUUUGACUGUUCUGAGUGUGGAAAAAUAUUUGGGAAAAAAUGGAAUCUUAUUAUACACAAGAGAAGUCAUACCGGGGACAAACCAUUUAGCUGUUCUGAGUGUAAUAAAAAAUUUGGACGAAAGAGCAGUUUGAAAAAACACAUGAGAAUUCAUACGGGAGAGAGACCAUUUGCUUGUCCAGACUGCGGUAAAAGAUUUGCACGAGGAGGUAGUCUGAAAAUACACACGAGAAUUCAUACAGGAGAAAAACCAUUUGGGUGUCCAGAGUGUAACAAAAGAUUUGGACUUAAGGGCCGUCUAAACAUACACAUGAGAAUUCAUACGGGAGAGAAACCAUUUAGCUGCUCUGAAUGUGGUGAAAGAUUUGGACGAAAGGGCACUCUGAACAGACAUAUGAGAAUUCAUACAGGAGAGAAACCAUUUACCUGCUCCAAGUGUGGCCGCAGAUUUAGAGAAAAGGGCAAUUUGAACAAACACAUGAGAAUUCAUUCAGGAUUGUACAUGCAGCGGCUAUCAGUGAAUAAAGAAGAUGCGCUCCCUCAGCAAAAAGAGUGGAAUCUCAGUCUCAGCCAGGACAAAUCAAGCCCCCCCAAAGUUAAGGAAGAACAAGAGAAACUGUGGGCAAGUCAGGAAGAAGAGCAACAUGACCAGCUGGAGGAGAAUGAUUUCAGCAACUUGCCUUUUACUGUUGUCACUGUGAAGCUCGAAAAUGAGGAAAAACCUCAGUCUCCGCAGCUUUAUCAGAGUCAAACUGAUGAUGGAACAGAGGCAGAUCCUGGAGCCAGCAGCACACCUGAACACAUCACACUGAAAAUAGAACCUGAUGAAGUGUACUAUGGAGGACCACAACCAGCCAGCAUCUCAGAUCCUGAUAGUGAUGGCAGGAGUUCAUACUGUUCUGAAACUGAGACUGAUGACAGUUAUGAAUGGAAACAGACCAGGGAAUCCCAUUCAAGUUUAAACUGUCUGAAAAACAGUGAUGUCUCCGUCAGUGAUCAGAGAUGUGGUCUUGCUAAGACACAAUUUAACUGUUCUGAAUAUGAACAAACAUUUGGUCAUUUAAGCCGUUUCAAUCAAAAGGCAACACAAGCAACUGAAAAAGCAUUGAAAUCCCUUGAGGGUCGAAGAAGGUGGAAAAAAGAUGGUCACCUGGGCACACACGUGAAAAAGCAUACAGGAGAGAAACUACAUGCCUGCCUUGAGUGUGGUAAAAGGUUUGGAGCAAAGAGCAGCUUAAAUGUACACAUGAGAAUUCAUACAGGAGAAAAAACAUUUUGCUGUUUUGAGUGUGGCAAAAGAUUUAGAGAAAAUGGCCAUCUGAACACACACAUGAGAAUUCAUACAGGAGACAAACCGUUUGGCUGUUGUAAGUGCGGUAAGAGAUUUGGGCAAAAGGGCCAUCUGAAUUCACACAUGAAAAAUCAUACAGGAGACAAACCACAUGGCUGCCUUGAGUGUGGCAAAAGAUUUGGAAUAAAGAGCAGACUGAAUGCACACAUGAGAAUUCAUACAGGAGAAAAAACAUUUGGUUGUUUUGAAUGUGGCAAAAAAUUUAGAGAAAAUGGCCAUCUGGUCACGCACAUGAGAAUUCAUACAGGAGAGAAACCGUUUGGCUGUUCUGUAUGUGGUAAAGAAUUCAGAGAAAAGGGUGACCUCAACAAACACAUGAGAAUUCAUACUGGAGAGAAACCAUUUGGCUGUUCUGAGUGUGGUGAGAGUUUUAGAACAAAGGGUACUCUAAACAAACACAUGAGAAUUCAUACUGGAGAAAAACCAUUUAGUUGUUUAGAGUGUGGUAAAACAUUUAGAGAAAAGAGCAAUCUGAACACCCACAUGAAAAUUCACACAGGGGAGAAACCGUUUGGCUGCUCUGUGUGUGGUAAAAGAUUUAGAGAAAAGGGAGACUUGAACAAACACAUGAGAAUUCACACAGGAGAGAAACCAUUUGGCUGUCCUGUAUGUGGUAAAAAUUUUAGGGAAAAGGGUGGUCUGAACAAGCACAUGAGAGUUCAUGUGGGAGAGAAAUCAUUUGAAUAAGUUGUGUGUGUGUGUAUAUACAUAUGAGGUUACAAACAUAAAUGAGAGGCUUUUUAGUGUAUAUGGCAUGUAUUUGCAAUGUUUCCCUUAGAUUUUUUUUUUUUUUGUCUGGGCCCAGUGGUACUUGCAAAAAAGAAAUAAGUGCAUAGCAUGGAAAAAUGUGAGGCACUUGGAAACGCAACUGCUAAGGUUAAGUGAUGUGCUCAUUAUGUCAUCCCACUACAGUCUUACAAAGUUGGAUCAUUGAUUUAAAUAAUCAAGGCUGUGAAAUGAAAAUUAUGAAAUCUGAGGAAAAUUUGCAGGGGGUGGAGCCAUGGUGUGGGGCCCCAGAAACCAAAUUGAUUUUGUAUGUAAUGAUAUAUUUUCAGCAUCUCCUGGAAGGAAAAAAAUCUCAAAAGAAGCGCAUAUUUAAAUAAUCCAAGACACAACCUUUCAUUUGAACUGUCAGUGAUAAAGUUGAAAUAACAUAAUGUGACGUGGAAGUAGGACCUGUAAUGAUUUUCCUUUUAAUUGUAAACCAAGUCAUGCAUCAACUCAGAACAAUUAAACAUGAA